AGAGCGCAAGUGAAGUUGAUGCCUACAUCCCACCAAAUCCACCUUCCGUUCAUCUACCGGUUUUCCCUUUUACUCAAUUUCCAUUUAAUCAAAAUUUCAAACUGUGAAACCUCUCCUUUGUUUCCGACGACGACAACAACCAGAUCAGCGAACGGAACGGAGGUGCGACGACUCCACCUCGAUCUGAUCUGAUCUCCGAUCUGACCUCUGCCGAUGCCGGGAAUCACAGCCCCGCUACGGGGGCCAUCUUCCGGCGGCGGCGCAUCCUCCUCCGUGAGCUUCGCGUCGCGAGUCAUUCUUCUCCUGACGGUGCUGCCUCUGGCUCUGGCCUUCUUCGCCUUCGUUCUCCAGUGGCGCGGCGGUCUCAACGACCCUGCAUCCGCCUGGCCCUCUGACACCCAGAAGUUCCCAGGCAUGGAAAACAGCCCACUCGGAUCUUCUUCUUCCUCCGUCUCCUCCUCUUUUUCUUCCUCCUCCUCUUCGGACUGCGCAGAGAUCCUGAGCAGGAGCUCUUCUCCCUCCUUCCCUUACUACCACGGUUGGAAGUUCGAUUUCGACUCCGAUCCGCGAUCAAAGAUAUGUAUUACGUCAAGCACAUCAGCUAGUCUAGAGCAGAUUCUCCCAUGGUUAUUUUACCAUAAAGUAAUAGGGGUCACGACCUUCUUUUUGUUUGUAGAAGGGGAAGCUGCAAAGCCAGCUGUCUCUGCAGUCCUCGAGUCUAUCCCUGGAGUUAAAGUCAUUUACAGGACAAGAGAACUCGAAGAGAAACAAGCUAAAAGCCGUGUUUGGAAUGAGACUUGGCUAGCAGGCUUCUUUUACAAGCCAUGCAAUUAUGAGCUUUUUGUGAAACAGUCACUUAAUAUGGAGAUGGCUAUUGUUAUGGCAAGGGAUGCUGGUGUUGAUUGGAUUAUUCAUGUUGAUACUGAUGAACUGAUAUACCCAGCCGGUGCUCGAGAGUAUUCAUUGAGGCAAUUGCUGUCAGAUGUUUCGAGCAAUGUUGACAUGGUUAUAUUUCCAAAUUAUGAAAGUAGCAUUGAGCGAGAUGACAUUAAAGAUCCUUUUACAGAGGUAUCCAUGUUCAAGAAGAAUUAUGACCAUCUCCCAAAAGAUACAUAUUUUGGACUAUACAAGGAAGCAACACGUGGUAACCCGAACUAUUUCCUUACCUAUGGGAAUGGGAAAUCAGCUGCAAGAGUUCGUGAUUUUCUUCGUCCUAAUGGUGCACAUCGUUGGCACAACUACAUGAAGACCCCAAAUGAGAUUAAAUUGGAGGAGGCUGCAAUUCUACACUACACUUAUGCAAAGUUCUCAGAUUUAACUUCACGACGUGACCGGUGCAGCUGUAAGCCAACAAAGGAUGAUGUAAAGAGAUGCUUUAUAUUAGACUUUGAUAGAGAUGCUUUUAUUAUUGCUUCCACUGCCACUGAGGAAGAAAUGCAUCGCUGGUUCCUUGAUCGUGUUGUUUGGACAGACAAGCAAGUCAACUUGAAACUUUUAAGGAAGGGUAUCUUGACUCGAAUAUAUACUCCCAUGGCUAUUAUUCGUGGUCUCAAGGAAUCGGCUGUUUUCACUGAUGCAAUUGCUUCUGCAAAAUCUCUCUCUAAGGAGAAAUUCCUAUCUUCUAUGGAGAAACUUCAAAAUAAAAAUUCUUCUGUAGUUGCUGGAAAAAGGUCCCUUUAUCCCAACAGGAAAAUGGGCAAUCUUGCUGAAUCUCAAGUGGCAGUGAGAAAGGUUUUGGAAUUUCAUGUUAUACAGCCGCAAGCAAUUCUUCCCAUGUCACCCCCAAAGCCUGAUGAUUUCCAGACCGAGUUUACCGAACAUCUUGUAGUUUAGUCGGAAUGCAAGGAUACUAUAAGCUGAAGAAUGAUUACCAAGUUCACAUGGGUAUUUGACAAUCAGAAUCUCACUUGUUGGUCUAGCUCGAUGCUGUUUUGUUGAUUUUGGACCUCAAUUCUCACAAUUUAACUGGUAAUUUAUUACUAAAAUUAAAUAACACUCUUCUUCAGUAUAUUUGUAUACCCAUUUUGAUGUAUAUUGUUGAAGCCUAUAGGAGAAACUUGAGGUUUUCUAGAUUCUGGUGCUAAACCUGUCAAGUAAAAGUAAUGGUUGUAUUGCCUUCA